UGCGGGGAGGCGGGUCCCGGCGCUGGGCUCCUAGCUAGCUAGCGCGCCAGUCCCGGGGCUGCAGGGAGCGCAGCACGCGCGGCCCGGGCCCCGGCCACCACCGGACGCCCUACCGGACACGGCCCUCCCUGGAGCUUGGAGCACUGCCCACCUCGAACCCUGCACCGGACACUGCUCCCCCCCCCUGCAAGGCAGGACACUCCAACGGACACUACUUCCCAGCUCCGGACAUUGCUCCCUCCUGCCCCCCCCCUCUUGCUCGGGGCUCUGGACGCUUCCCCCCUCCCCCUCCGGGGGGCCCCCUAGACAUUGAGCCCCCGCGGGUUUUAGUUAGCUAGCUAGCUAAGCGAGCGACUCCUUUGCACCCCGGGCUCCAGAUAACUUGCCUCUUCCACCCUCAUCUUUCUCCACCUCUCGGAGGUUGGUGGGGUGUCCGGAGCCCCGUUACCUUCCUCUGACCACCCACCCUUGCAGCUCAGCUCGGCUGCCCGCGCCCCUUUCACCCACCCAGCCACCCACCCAUCCCCCGGCUGCUCGCCCGCCCGGAUGCCUCUCCCGGGGGGAUUGUGGUGGCUCCUCUGCUGCCGUCGAGGCUUCACUCUUCUGCACCGGGACUACGGGGACGGCGAGCUUAGCGGGGACGGGGACGAGGACGAAGACGAGGAGACCUUUGAGCUGCGGACCCCGAGUCCAGCGGGCGGCGGGAGGGGCCCCCUCGAAGUGACACUGACUCAGCCAGGGAGGGGCUCACAGGUCUCCGGCAGGCUGCAGAGCUGGGAGGAGACACGGAGCCUCAUUCCAGAAAAGGGGCUUGUGGAGGAUGACCCGGACAUCGUUGUGAAAGGUUGGCUGUACCGAGAGCCCCGAAUCGGAGCCCCAAGGGGCCCUUGGCUGCCCCUGAGACGGGCCUGGUUCGUGCUCACUCGGGAAUCCCUGGACCAGUUCAGCAACAGCGGGAAGGGAGCGCGUCACCUCGGAAGCCUUGUCCUUACCAGCCUAUGUUCCGUAACCGGCCCAGAGCGCAGGCCCAAGGAGACGGGUCUGUGGUCAGUAACCGUGUCUGGCCGGAAACACAGCGUCCGGCUUUGCUCACCCCGCCAGGCUGAGGCUGAACGCUGGGGGGCGGCUCUGCGGGAAGUGAUCGCUUCCAAGGCGCCCCUGGAGACCCCGACCCAGCUGCUGCUCAGGGACAUUCAGGAGAGUUGUGGCGACCCGGAGGCCGUGGCCCUCAUUUACCAUCGGAACCCGAUUCUGAGACACACCAGUGGGGCCUUGUACGCCCCACUCCUGCCCCUGCCUUAUGGUGUUAGUUCUCCAGGUCCGGGCUACGCGCCCUUGCGUGAGGAGGCGGUACGGCUGUUCCUGGCGCUGCAGGCGCUGGAGGGGGCGCGGCGCCCCGGGCCCCUGAUGCAGGGUGUGCUCCAGACCUGCCGAGACCUGCCUGCGCUUCGAGACGAACUCUUCCUGCAGCUGGCUAAGCAGACUUCGGGCCCCGCCGGUCCUCCUGGGCCCCCGGCCACACAAGACCCCGCUGCCCUACGGUACUGGCAGCUCCUCACCUGCAUGAGCUGCACCUUCCGGCCUGGGGGAGCUGUCCGAGGGCACCUCCUAGGGCAUCUGGAGAGGACAGAGCAGGCGCUCCCGGACUCGGAACUGGCGGAGUAUGCGCGCUUUAUUCGGAAAGCGCUGGGCAGGACACACGGCCGAGAACUGGUCCCGUCGCUGGCGGAGAUUUCCGCGCUGAGCCGCCGGCAGGAGCUGCUGUGUACAGUGCACUGUCCAGGGGCCGGCGCCUGCCCUGUGGCUAUAGAUUCUCACACUACAGCAGGAGAGGUUGCUCAAGAACUGGUGGGAAGGCUGGGCUUGGCCCGAAGCCGCAACGCGUUUGCUCUGUAUGAGCAGCGAGGGGCGCAGGAGCGAGCCCUGGCUGGGGGGACCCUCGUGGCCGACGUGCUCACCAGGUUUGAGAAUUUGGCCGUCUCCGAGGAAGACGGGUUGGAGGACUCCCUGGACUCGGGCUGGAGACUGUGUCUGCGUCUCCACGGGCCUCUACACCCAGAGGGAUUGUCUCCCCAUGGUCACGAACUGCCUUUCCUCUUUGAGCAGGCUCAUGCGCUGCUACUGCGCGGCCGACCGCCUCCACCAGAAGACACACUGCGCGCCCUGGCGGCGCUGCGCCUGCAGAGCCUGCACCGCGACUUCUCCCCGCGGGCGCCCCUGCCCCGCCUCGACUGCCUGCUGCCGCCGCCAGCGCCUCCGCACGGAGAUCCUCCCCGCCCGCUGCCCAGGCCCUCUCCCUCCGCCGCCCUGCUGGCCGGGGCGAUCUGGAGCCCGGGCCUGGCCAAGAGGAGGGCCGAACGGGCACGGCGCGGCGGAGCGGGUCGCGCAGCGGGCAGCGGCGCAGCAGCCCGCGACGGAGCCGGUGGCGCGGGCACCGCGGCCGCGGUGCUGGGCGGCUGGAAGCGGCUCCGGGGCAUGGGCCGAGCGGAGGCCAUGGCUGCCUACCUGGCUCUGGCGGCACAGUGUCCGGGGUUCGGCGCUGCUCGGUAUGACGUUCUGGAGCUGAGCACGGAACCUGAUGGUGGCGCUCCACAGAAGCUCUGCCUGGGCUUGGGAGCCAAGGCCAUGUCCCUCUGCCGCCCCGGUGAGACCGAGCCCAUCCACAGCGUCAGCUAUGGCCACGUGGCCUCCUGCCACCUAAUGGGCCCCCACACCUUGGCGCUGAGGGUGGGGGAUAGCCAGCUCCUUCUGCAGAGCCCUCAGGUGGGAGAGAUCAUGCAGCUGGUGAAUGCCUACUUGGCCAACCUCUCGCCCGAGAGGCCUCACAGCAGCUCUUCUUCAUGCCAAGAUCUGCCAGACACCUCCCCUCCCAGCCAGCGCCUGGGUCUGGAAGAGUCCCAGGGACAGUCUGGCUGUUUGGGGCAGCUGCAGGACUGAACCUGCCAAGAGGUCACGACCUCCUCCUGCCUGGGGCCUUGGACAGACUUGGACUGCUCUGAGAUUGGAGGGAACUAUGGACAUUUUAGGCCCCUGCAGGGACAGGGGCAUACCCCACACCCCCAGGGCUGCGAUGGUUGCAGACAAUUUUCUAGUUUGUUUCUUAAUUUAUUUGUAGAAGAGAAGCAAAAAAAAAAAAAUUCCUUAUUUACACAAGCCCUUCCUGUGGGAGUGUUGUCAGUGGGACAAGUUGGAGCCCUACAGCUCACAGAGCUCCACCCCUGGGGACACCCACGCAGCAGGACUGGGCUUUUACCAGCUCACAGGGGAGUCUGGACACUACAGGGCCCCACCCUCCUGACCUUCUAGAUUUAACCACCUCCUGACCAGCACGCUGCCCAAGAGGU